AUGGACACGACCGAGCCGCGGCGCGGGGCUUCAGAGGAACUGGACACCGAGACUGAGUCCCAUAGCCCCGUGUCCCUGGAAAAACCCAAACAACUCCCGGACGACCUUCCCAAAUCACUAGACGAUCGCCGCUCGGUUCCGGUUUAUCAACAGGAGACGGAGAUGUACGAUGCGUGGCAGGGACAAUCUCAAUUCCUUACUACACCCGUCGCUGCGAAACCGCUCACCUUCAGCUUAGCUUUGGACGACCACACGCACGAUCUGGAAACGGAUCUUCGCGCUCAAUAUGGACGUGAUCUGGAAGACAGUGACGCCCGGCUUAUGGAGAUGCUUGCGGCGCAAGCGGCGCACCGCGAAGUGGAUUCCCUCGGCGCGGACGAAGAAAGCAUAGCGGAGGACGAAAAGUUGACAACGGCCGAGAAGAAGGAUAUCCUACAGAAAAGUCUCAAUAUGGCAGCGAGCAACGGAGAUGUAGAGCGAGUGAGAAAGUUAUUGUCUGGCGCGGCGAAGAAUUUCGUGGACGUUAAUAUGAAGGACGAGGAGGGGACAGUGCCGCUGAUAUACGCGAGUUGUUUCGGUCAUCAGGAUGUUGUCUCAGCGCUUCUUGAUGCGGGUGCUUUUGUGGAUCAACAGGAUCGGAAUCAGUGGAGCGCAUUGAUGUGGGCUAUGACGAAUCGGCAUAAGACUAUCGCAAAGAUUUUGCUGGAUCAUAACGCUUCCCCCGAUAUCAAGUCUUCUUCUGGUGGGACGGCGUUUGACUUUGCGCAGCCUGGGAGUGAGAUUUCGGAGUAUCUCCAUGAGAAUGGGUAUAGCUUUGGACCGGGUGCGAUUGAGCAUGAUUUUUAUGAUGCUGGGUUGGCACAUGGGCGGUUUGAGGAAGAGCUUGCGGAGAAUGAGAUGAAGAGGCGGAUGAUGAUGGAAGAGAGCGCGAUCAAUUUGGAGGUAGAUUUGUCGAGCCUUGGGCUGGAUGAGAAGUUCGAUCCUUCGGAUGAAGAUGAUCUUGAAGAAGAGCAGCAGGAAUUUGUCUGGGACAGGUGUCUCAAUGACCAGAUGUUUGUCUUUCAGGAUCAUGAGCUGGAGCGCAUAUUGGAUAUCAUCAUCACCAACAUGACUCCUCAACGGUCUCCGUCUCAAAAACCUGUGCCGGCGAACCUCCUCUUUCUCAGUGCACGUUAUGCACACUACCAUGCUAGUCCAGAACUGCUGGCAGAGCUCCUCACCUCGGCAACGGAGAAGAUCAACGACGUGGUUGAGCGCCAUCAGUGGGACAUGACUAUGCAAGCAUUCUGGCUGUCUAACGCGACGCUUUUGCUGCAUUAUCUGAAGAAAGAUUCCGGGCUACUGGAGUCUACUGUGGAGUUUCAGCUCCACCUAGCAGAGUUGAUCAACGAAAUCUUCGUCCUGAUCAUUCGUGACGCUGAGCGGCGAAUGAACAAAGUCCUAGAUGAGGCCAUGCUGGACCAUGAGACCAUCCCAGGACUGGAAGACGUUGCCUUUCAAAAUGAGUGGAAGCUUUUCCGCAAGAAGAAGUCUGAGGCCCCUGAACCUGCGGACAAGCGAUUCCGCCCACCAUCGCCGCGGCGACGAGCCCAGAUCUCUCCGCGAAACGUCACAUCCCUACUCUCAUCCACCCUCUUCGUGCUGGAUCUCUACGAUGUCCACUCUGUGAUCACCACCCAGAUCAUCUCUCAACUCCUCUACUGGCUUGGUGCCGAGAUCUUCAACAGAAUCAUGAGUACGCGACGCUACCUAGCCCGGACAAAAGCAAUGCAAAUCCGCAUGAACGUUUCCGCCCUGGAAGACUGGGCACGUACCAACAAUCGACAACCCGAACAUUACGAAAACGGAUCCAUGACAUGCACCGGAGAGACCACCGUCGACGCCGCUCGCAGACAUCUAGCGCCCGUCAUCCAACUUCUACAAUGGCUUCAAUGCUUCUCCUCUCUUGGAGACGAUCACGAAUCCCUAGUGUCAACCCUCCUCCAACUCCAACAGCUCUUCCCAAUCCAGCUCCUCCACGCCGUCAAAUCAUAUCGGCCCGAAGUAGGCGAAAAAGGCCUAACGAAACAAGCCAUGAAGUUCCUUCUGGACAUGCAACGUGAUCCGGAAAUCCUAUUCAGAGAACAACAAAAAAUCCAAUCCGAAAAGGAGAAAGAGAAAGCAAAAGCAAAUAUCUCCCCAGACACAGAUCGACCCAAAACACCAACAAAAGACUCAGACCAACAAAUAUCAACACCAAACCCGACCCCCUCAUCCCCGACUUCAUCGCGCCCCUCAAGCAUGGUAUCGGCUGCUCGAAAUGACGACCGCCCUAAUUCAAAUAGUGUGAUUCUGGAUCCUACACUCUUUCUUCCAUUUUCUUUGCCGACGAGUACGGAUAUGUUGAUUAGUUAUGGUGCCGGGUUGGGAGGAACGAAUCGUGAACGAGCGAGGAAGUAUAUUCCUACCGUACCGCCUGAGGUAUUAAGUCGAUUUGAUCGUGGCGAUGUAUAG